CGGUUCAAUCCGGUUUUUAAAACAUUUCCAAAUGGUCCGUCCCUGUGUCUCUCUCUCUUUCUAAGCGCACAAGCACUCAUUUCCUCCGAUUUGUGUGUUUCUAAAACCCUAGAUCUCCAUCGCUAUCGAUCGACGCCUCGAAGAAUCGCAAUCGCAGUAGAUUAAAGCUCACUUUUAGGAAUGAAUUUGCAACAAGUAGUACAGCCCAGAUCUUCAGUUAAUGGGUAUGGCCGUCGGAGGGGUGACAGAGAAAGUGUGAGUAGGCCAGAGCAUAAGUCGCAAUCUGGAAAAACAAACCUGAGCAGACAGAACAGUGCAGGUCUAUCAACUGGCAGUAAAGGUGGAGGUUAUGAAAGUCUUUCACGUGACCGAUUGGUAUAUAUAACGACCUGUCUAAUUGGUCAAAAUGUUGAAGUCCAAGUUAAAGAUGGAUCUUUAUUUUCUGGAAUAUUUCACGCGACAAAUGCUGAAAAAGAUUUUGGAAUUAUUUUGAAGAUGGCCCGCUCAAUAAGGCCUGGUUCUUCACGUGGACAGAAGUCUAUUGCAGAUUCCAUGAGCAAGGCUCCUUCAAGGACUUUGAUAAUACCGGCUAAAGAACUCAUACAAAUUAUUGCAAAGGGUGUGUCUGUAACCAGGGAUGGUUUUGCAAAUGAUCUCCAACAUGUAAAACAGCAGGACAUCAUGCUAGACUCUUCUAUAUCACAAUCUCGUCAUGGCGACGUAGAGAGGGAGUUGGAACGCUGGGUCCCUGAUGAAGAUGAUCCUCAAUGUCCUGAUUUGGAGAAUAUAUUUGAUGGCACUUGGAAUAGGUCCUGGAAUCAAUUUGAAGUAAAUGAAACAUUAUUUGGAGUGAAAAGCACCUUUGACGAGGAAAUUUAUACAACAAAACUUGAGAGGGGUCCACAGAUGAGAGAGUUGGAAAGGGAAGCUUCAAGAAUAGCAGGAGAAAUUGAGGGUGAGGAAACCCAUGAUCUACAUUUAGCAGAGGAACGAGGGAUUCACCUUCAUGAAAAAUUUGAUAUUGACGAGGAAACGAGAUUCUCAUCGGUCUUUAGGGGGGUUGACGACAGUGGAUAUGAUGAAGAUGAGGACGCAUUAUUGGAUUCAUGUAAUAGUGAAACCUUUGGUGGUGCCUCUGGUUCUGUUGUUGGCAGGCCGUUGGCUAACUUGACCAGUGGGAAAAGUAAUGAUGGAGCUCAAAUGUCAUCUUGUUCUUCAUCUAUGGAUGAAAUACAAUCUUCUCUAUCAAACUCUGCAAGGGAUGUACACUGCUCUGAUUCUAAUGAUCAUUCUGGACAGCUGUCAUCUGAAUCUCUCUCUAAAAGUUCAGCUUUAGAUAGUGAAAUCAGGAUUCAGGAGAAUCAGUUCAGUGCACAGUAUGCAGGAAAUAAUUACGUUAAGGAGUUUGUAGAAAAGCAAAUGUUAGCUGAGGAGGCACAAACAUCAAAAUCUGAGGAUUUGCAGCCAUCACUGAGGGCAAAGAAAGAUGGCUCUGAUGGGGGAUUAUCUGCGAAUGCCACAUCAUAUACUUCUACAUCCCUUGGCUCAUCCAAGGAUCGGGAAAAGAUGAGUUCUCCCAGUGGACUAACAGAGGAUGCAGCUCCCAUGAAGCCACAAGGAGCAACACAGUCUGCUAGAUCCCAUGGACGGCCUGGUAGUUCUGCUUCAGAGCGUGGGGGUGCUGCCUCAGCUUCUAGCGCUCAGGUCUUAUCACCAAGCUCAUCAAUGAGUUCAUUGUCUUCGGAAAAGUCAACUCUGAACCCCCAUGCUAAGGAAUUCAAACUCAAUCCGAAUGCAAAGAGUUUCAUCCCAUCUCAAACUCCUUUAAGGCCUGCUUCUCCAGUGUCUGAUGGCUCCUUUUAUCUUCAAACUAAUGUUGCUCCUCAUAUGCAUGGCAUUGUAGGCCUUGGGAUUGGACACUCAUUUGCGCACCAGCCUGUUAUGUAUCCUCAGGUUGCACCAAUGCAAUCACCACAGGCAUACUUCCAUCCAAAUGGACCUCAAUAUGGGCAGCAGAUGAUUCUUGGUCACCCUCGGCAAGUCCUUUACAUGCCGACAUAUCCCCCUCCCCCUCCUGAAAUGCCAUACAAGGGAAGAGAAUUUUAGGAAGUUGGUUGACUGCAUUCAGAAACACAGAUGUGCUUGUACCGAAUAAGCUUCUAAUGACAGACUACUCGGAAAAUUAAUUUUCCGUUGAAAGAGCCCAGCAGCUGAUGAAAGACUUCAUAAUUCUCAAGCACUAUUUGUGCUAGGGCUAUCUCUCUCUCUCUCUCUCUCUCUCUCUGAUGAGAUAUAAUUCAAUAACCUUGUAACCUUCACAAUUCUCUGAUUUGUUGAUGUUUUUAAAGAUGCAGUACCUUUUUCUUCAUUUGGGUGUUGUUUUUAUUUUGAUUUUUAAGUUAUUUGGAUUCAACUCAAGAGGCAUACAAAGGUUUUUACCUCAUUGCAAAGUGUGUUUAGUUUUUUCGACAAGACCAGGGUGGCACCGAAAAUGCCAAGUGUUUUAUGAUGUAUCAAUGGAUUUGGUUAACGCCAUUUGCUAACGCCGGUGGCCUUGCUUGGGAAUGGCUUAUUAUGAGGUUAGCUCAAACUUUCAAUAGAAAUGUUGUGAAUUUAUGGUGCGUA